AUGGAAGACGGAAAAGCUUCAAAUACAGGCAUGGAAGAUGGAGAAGCUUCAAAUAACCUUUCGGAAAAACUACCAAAAAGGGUCCUCGGCGAUGGUUGCUACCUCGUUGGUGCUCGGUUGAACAUAUAUUCAAAGGCCAAUGUCAUUGGCCUCCUUGUCGCGGCGUUAAAGAUUACUGAAGAUCUUGAGAAGCUACUUCAUUCCCAGUUUGGGAAGUUAUUCCAUCUACCUGUUGCAAGAUGUUGCAACAGCGCCAAACUAGUCCAUGCCCUUCUAUCACGACAACUUGUGACCACGAAGAAACACGAGAUUUGGUUCCUCUUUGGUGGACAGCCUCUGAGAUAUUCGAUACGGGAGUUUAAGGAAAUCCCUGGAUUGAAUUGCAAUCCCAAACCUGAUAACACAGAAGAAGAAGAAGAUGUCGGAAAGACAGGAAUCUGGAAGGACCUGUUCGGAAGAGCGACCGCUAUGAACGUGUUUGAUGUGCUUGAAAUGCUGAAGGACACGGAUCUACCCCGAUGGAAACGGCUUCCAUUGGCCCUAAUCGUUCUUGUCGACGGUGUUCUGUUUUGCAAUAGCAAAAAUCUGGCCCUCACCGAGAAAUACGUUGAGAUGCUGACUGACUUGGAUAGGUUCAUGCUGUAUCCAUGGGGGAGGAAUUUCGUUGAAGAUCCCGAAGGUUGUCAAAACGUUAUCACACUAUUGCAUCUUGGGGACAUACUUGCCGUGGAAUCUGACCCUCUGAUGGUAGUGGAUGAUGGUGACAAUGACCAACAGAAUGAAUUGCGUUGGGGAGAUGAGGUAGAGGAUGCCGAAGUUUCAGUCAUGCAGGAACUCAUGGCCGAGGGGUACAAAUUCACACCUUCGGAUUUUGCAGUGGCACCGGCACCUAUCGUGGAUCUUAGUGAUGCAGAGGACGAGGCUACCAAUGAACAGGAACCUGAGCCAUCCACCCGACCGAAGAAGAAACUGAAAACUCAUUUAACUGAAAAACGUAAGAUGCAGAGGAAAAGAGGCAGGGGCAAGAACUCUUCUAAUCUAUCGGAAGAUGAAACCCCUGAAAGUGGACAGAUUGAAGAUCUUAAAAGAUGGAUAGUAAGUCAGAAUGAAUUGCUCCUUCGUAAGAUUAAGACAGAGUUGGACAAGAGAUUGGGCGUAUACCAACAGGACGAAGAAGAUGACGAUGUACACCAGUCUAAAGAAGAUGGGGAACAGGGUGACGAAGGACAUAAUCCAAAAAAAGGUGGUCAAAAACCGGAGGAAGAUGAAGACGUAGCCGCAGAUGGAGGUGAAGAAGGAGGUGAUGAUGGUGCACAGUCUAGCGUACGCCAUGAUGAUGGUGUGGAUGGUGGUAGAACAAAUUUGGUGUCAGGCACCUUAGUAGUCUACAAACCUCAGACUGCUCACCUAUUGAGCUACGCAUAUAAGAAAAAUGAAGCGCAGACAGAUGCACAGGAUGCACAGGUUGUGGCUAAUGAGGAGGACUCAAAUGAGGGGAAAGAUUACCAUACUGCGCCUGAGGAUGCAAGUGAUGCUUCGCAGAAGACCCCUUGUACUCCAAAACCCCCACAAGAAUUUGAGGGAUCGUCUGGUGUAAAGAGAAAAAGUAGAGGAACAGGAAGAGGAGGAAGAGAUUCAAAGGUGAAAGCUCUAUUUGUAUCCAGAUCGAAAGCUGCGUACAAACCACUCAAAACAGUGGAACAAGACCAGUUCAAGGCAUUCCAGGAGUUAUUAUCGCGUGAAAGAAACAUCGACUUUUGCAUUGUCACUGGUCAUACUGUGAACAAUCAAUUCUUCCUACAAAUUGCGAAGCCUACUGAGUGGGUUAACACGAUGCACAUGCAAGUCAUAAUGACCAUGCUUUGGAGACGUAGAGGUGAAAUAUACUUGAAAGACAGGGUAGCAUUUGUAGACACCUUGUUCAUAUCCAUCAUCGGCAACUACUACAACGAUUUCAUAUCUGGAGACAAAAAUCAGUAUGACUGGGGGAAAACCAUUCAGGGCAUUGUAUUGGGAAAACCUGCAAAGUGGGCUAAUCAGCGUCAGAGGCAAAUGUUUCUACGGUUUGUGGACGUUGUAUACGUCCCGAUGAACUGGGGGUCUGAGCAUUGGGUGGGCCUUGUAAUUGACUUUAAAAUGGGCAACAUAAAGAUUUUGAACUCAUUCAUCAGUCAUAAUGAUGAAACGGCUGUGGAGCAGUAUAUGGUGCCCAUGUGUCAAAGUAUGCCAUUUAUAUUGAAGCGUUAUUUGGAUAGCAAAUUAACGGAAGGCCUACGCACCACCUCUUACACAUGGAGUCAUUUGGAGGGCAUAUAUCAGAACAAGAGAUCCGGUGAUUGUGGCCCAUGUGCGGCCAAAUUCUUAGAGAUGCAUGCUGCAGGGCUUGGAGUGGAGGAUAUGGGUUUGAUAACGGAUGAUGACGUUGACAGGUUAAGGGAGAAAUACGCCAUGGACUCAUACGAAGAGUUUGUUGGGAAUCCGGCUGUUGCCAACGCUUAG